UACACACCCCGACCGCCAACACCCUCUCACCCCCUCCCCCCACGGCGCCUUCCCUCGCCCAUUUCACCCCGGCCUCCCCCCGCCCACCCUCCUCGACUCAUCCGCGUCCUGCAUCCCCACAACCGACAGCUUUUCCCACCUCCGCUCCACAGACACUCUUCGCCCCCGCAGCCGCGGUCUCAUCUCCCGAACCCCGCCACUCAACCCAUCUUGCCACCUUCUCGGCACCGCACCCCACGCGUCUCGUCCCCCCAGUCUACCACAACCGCCCGACAGCUCUCCGGUGGGCGCACUCAGGGCUCUCUGCACCACAUCCGCGAUACCCGGUACUCACUUGCACGCGCAGCCGCUGUGGGCCACCACUCGAGCUGCCUUCGACGGGCGCUGCCCGGCCACCAUCGACGGCCCCCUCAAGACACCCGCCUGCAGGCUCGUCUCGCCCCGUACGGGCACACCUACCUUUUUUGCGGCCUGCCAGAUCUUCGACCCCCUCCACACGUAAGCUGCACGCGCCGCCUUGGCCACUCCUCCCCGACUACCGGCAACUCGCAUCCACCCCCCAUCCAACAAAGUCCCUUGUCCCCCCCACCACAGCUAAACCUCUACAGCACCCGCCCUACCCGCUAGCCUCUGUGGUCCCUUCGCUCCUUGUUCCUACCGGCUUCCCCAUCCACCACCCCUCGUCCCCUCCGCCCACGGUCGCCCCUCCCCCCCAGAGCAGCCCGCAGUGCCCCGAACACACCCUCCGUACCUACCCCCGUCUCGUAUUCUACACUGCUCCCACCCCGUGCCAUUAUGCUGCCACCGGACACUUUCCCCCCCUCCCGGCUCCCCCUCCACGCCCGCUACCCGAUCCCGCCCACCCACACCAGCCCCACGCCCCUCCCGCCACAACACUGGGCCACACGGCCCCCUCGCCCCCCAAGCGCCGCACCUCUCCUUCCCGUCACCCCCGCCCAGACUCCCCUCCACUCCCCGCCCUCGCAGUGUCCUACCUUCCCCACCCAGCCCUAACACCGCCCGACAACUUCGCGCACACCACCGUGUCCACGCCUUCCGCCCUCCUGCUUCCCGGCUCCUCCCUACCCCUACACUUUGUUUCAAAUCUGCUUACGUGA